AUGAUGCUGUUCCAGUAUCUUGUCAACACACUUGAAGCAGAUUUUGUGCCUCGCCAUAUUGCAUACAAAGAGUCACUAGACUGGGUGAUUUUCAGAGAGUCUCUCUUAAAUAUGCUUCUGGGAUCACGAAAGCUCAUGUUCAAAUCUUUUGUGAAGAACUGCAUGUUUAUUCUACUCAACCAGUAUUACCCUGAAGCUAAAGAUGAAGUUGAAGACAUCAUACCUUCUGAAAGAAAAGCUAAAUCAGCAUCUGAUCACGAUUUCUCGCUAAACUAUUCAUCCUUUGAGUCAGAAAGGACACUCGUUUCUCUCAGGAAAUUAUUUGUGAUGGUUAUGAAACUUGACUUGAUCAGGAAAGAAGCAGACACAUUAGGGCUAACUUCGAGAGCUGACGGGUUCAGAAACCCUAUCAUGGAAAUUAUUUUGGAUGAGCUAACCUACAACAGCAGUUAUUUAUCCCCAUUUCUCUUGGCCUUUGUGGAAGGGAAGUGGAAAUUGGAGAUUAUUCUGCAGUACUUUUCAAAAUAUUGUGGCAAGGGCCCAGACCGUACUCGAAGGAGGUCUGAUAAUUCACAAGAAGAUUUGAAACUGGAAAGUGUUCUGAGUUUCUUUUUGACAGCCACAAGCGCAAAUGCUAUUGUCAAAAAGAUGGGUGCAGAAAUUGCUCAGCUUCUCUUAACACAUGCUUACCAGGUGUGCCUUUCUGUUCAAGAUGUCACUAGCAAUUCUACUGCUACCUCCGAAAAAAUUGGAGCUACUCUCCAAGAGAUAUCUUCCAACUUCAUAUCGGCUUUUCAAAAUAUCAGAAAAGCUAGCCCGAAUAUCCAGAUGUCACUAUUCGAGAAAGAAGCUCUGUUUACUGCUGCAACGUUGAUUAGAAAAUUGAAGAGCGAAGAAAGAUAG